AUGAAGAAAUAUUUGGGGAUCAUCCAACUGUAUCAAUAAGAGAGGACUGACAAUUAAUUAUUCUCAAUAAAAGUGUAACUCUCACUUCAUAUCAAACUUUUGAACUUGAGUCUCCAGAUAUUUUUAUUGAUAUAAUUCAAAUCAUAGAUAGAGAUACUUUUGUCAAGAAAUAAAACUUGGAAUUCAUCAAAAUUGUAUAUCUUUCGAAUAUCUAGACUGAUAAAAUCCUUGAUUCCAUUUGAAAAGACUUUCACUUGCAAAUAAAUGUAUUUUUUCAUAUCAGUAUUUUAUUCUCAUAACUACAAGUCCCAUUCAAGAAGGAGGUGGCAUUCUACAUUUCUUUUCAAAAACCAUUGUUUUCCCAAUUCAAAUUCUCCAAAUGGAGUGGAAGGUAAAAAGAACUCUCCAGGACUUUAUCCAACUCAGAAACGUACUUUCAGCUGCAUUUCCAGAGUAAAUUGUAAAAAUUAUUCUCUUAUUUGGAUUUCUUCCUUUCCUUACAAUGAUAUCUAUGACUAUGAUAUUCUUAUGAAGUUAAAUAGCAAUGUUUUCAAAAUCCUGGAUGUAAUGCUCCUCUUACCUUAUUUAGCUAUUCCUCUAAUUUACAAUAAAAAACCCAUUGUGAGAACUAUUUUAUCAAGUUUACUCUUUAUCAUACAAAAAUACCUAGAAUAAUUUGCUAAAUUUACUUUUAAGGAUUAGUAGAAUCUAGGCUUAUUCGAUAGAAAUGAUCUAAAUAUUGUGCAAUUCUCUUCCAUCAUAUAAUGA